AUGGAUCGCCAGGACUUUACCGUGGGAUGGAUCUGUGCUGUCAAGACCGAGUUUGUUGCCGCAUGCGAACUCUUGGACGAAGAGUACCCUCCUCUGAAGACCAUUCCCUCGCACGACACCAACUCCUACACCCUUGGUCGGAUGGGCGAUCACCAUGUCGUUGUUGCAUGCCUUCCCAAGGGCAGGUACGGGAUCGCCUCCGCAGCCACGGUGGCGAAAGAUAUGUUCCGUUCCUUUGAAUCGAUCCGCAUUGGACUCAUGGUUGGAAUCGGAGGGGGAGCGCCGAGCAAGAAGCACGACAUCAGACUUGGGGACGUGGUGGUCGCAUGUCCUGUCGGUAGGACCGGCGGUGUUCUUCCUUACAGCUUUGGCAAAGCCGUGCAAGGCAAAGACUUCGAAAUCACUGGCAGCUUGAACUCGCCACCAACCUUUCUGUUAACAGCACUGAACCAGCUUGACACCCUCCAUGAGAGAAAAGGUCACCGCAUUGCCUACACAAUCCAGGAGAUGCUGACCCGGAACCCGAGUCUGCGGGAGAAAUAUGAAUAUCCGGGGGCCGAAAAAGACCGAUGGUACGAGUCAAGCUUUGUCCAUGUCGACAGCGACGUUGGAUGUGACAUCGGCUGCGGCUGUACUUUCCCACCUGUGAUUCAGCGACAGCAGCGAUCCUCUGGCGCAACGAACCCUGUUGUGCAUUAUGGCAUCAUUGCAUCCGCCGACCAGUUGAUGAAAGAUGCCGUUGUCCGUGACAGAAUCAGUCAGCAGCACCGCGUCUUGUGUUUUGAGAUGGAGGCGACAGGACUAUCUAAUGACUUCCCCUGCGUCGUCAUUCGUGGUAUCUGCGAUUACUCGGACUCGCAUAAGAACGAUCAGUGGCAAGGAUAUGCUGCAGCAACGGCGGCAUCAUAUGCGAAAGAGCUUCUUCAAGCUCUACCAACAAACAUGGUGUCAGGGAGUCAACAUGCCACAAAUGUGUUUUCGAACCCAGGAAGCAACAAUUUUCACGUCCAAUUCCAGCUCACCGGUCUUCCGGUUGCUGGCCAUUUUGUCGAUCGAGACGCCGAGAUCGAGGAGAUAAAAGUAAAUCUACUGCCAACGGAAGCACAGAAUAGACGAAAGAUCCAUGUCCUCCAUGGCCUGGGGGGAGCUGGAAAGACGCAGCUGGCGAUCGCAUAUGCCCGGAAGCAUCAGCAUACGUACAGUGCGAUAGUAUGGGUGAAUGGCAAUAGCACAGAUACGGUCUUGCAGAGCCUGGCUGGAUUCGCUAGGCGUGCGGGCAUCAGCCGUGCGACGAGUCUGAAAGGCAGCGCGGCCCAACAGGCUCCAGAAAUGAUGGCAGAGGCGGACGCUGUUCUGAGAUGGCUCGCUCUAGAAGGAAAUCCUUGCUGGCUGAUGAUUUUUGACAAUGUCGACCGAGACAUAGAAUCCGACGACGAAGAUGCGCAGGCCUAUGAUAUCACGUCGUUCCUACCAGUGGCUGAUCAUGGUUCCGUCCUCAUCACAACCCGUCUUUCUUCUUUAGGAGAGAUAGGAAAGUCCACCGAGGUGGCAAGGCUCAACCAUAACCAAGCACUGGAGCUCCUCAGUAGCCGCUCGGGCAUGCAUUCAUCAAGCAAUGAUAUGACCAAGCUUGUCAAAAGAUUAGGCUACCUCGCGCUGGCUGUUGUUCAAGCCGGCACAUAUAUGCGCGAAACCAAGACAGGGUGCUCGAAGUACUUGGACCUCUAUGAGACGUCGUGGUCUCAACUUGCGGCGGAGACACCUCGUCUGCGUGAUUACGCGAACAAGAGCAUUCAGACGACGUGGAUGAUCUCGUACGACCGCGUCCGACAGAGCGACCCGACAGCGGCGAACUUUUUGCAGCUGUGGGCAUAUUUGGAUCAUCAAGAUGUCUGGUAUGAGCUGUUCUUUCGUGGACGUGAGGGCUGGCCAGAGUGUGGCUGGUUUCAGGAAAUGGCAAGCAGCGAGAUUAUCUUCAAGAGAGUUAUGAAGAGUUUACUGGCUCUUUCCCUGAUUGAAUCUCACCAGCAGACCGAAAGCUAUUCUAUUCACCCAGUCGUACAUGACUGGUGCGCCGAGACGAUUUGCUACGGCAGGGAUGACUUGAUGUCAGCGGCUUUAACUAUUGUUGCGUACGCAGUGCCGAGUGAGUUAGAAGUGAAGUACUGGCUUUUGCAGCAGCGACUACUCCCGCAUGCGGAUCAAUGUGUCCGACAACUUGAUAAUUCGGAUGAGCUUAACCGACUUGGACCUGUUAAAUCUAGCGAGGCAUUACACCUGCUGGGCUACCUCUAUGAAGCUCAAAGCAAGUAUGUGGAGGCAGAGAAAUUGUAUCAGCAGGUACAAGAUACAACAGAGAAAGUAUUUGGUCCUGAACAUACCUCUACACUCGCUACUGUCAAUAAUUUAAGCAUCCUCUACGAGACUCGGGGUAAGUAUGCAGAGGCAGAGAAAUUGUAUCAGCGGGCACUAGAUACAGCAGAGAAAGUAUUUGGUCCUGAACAUACCUCUACACUCGCUACUGUCAAUAAUUUAGGCGUCCUCUACAGGUCUCAGGGUAAGUAUGCAGAGGCAGAGAAAUGGUUUCAGCGGGCGCUAGAUGGAAAAGAGAAAGCAUAUGGCCCUGAACACACUAUCACACUUGAUACUGUUAAUAAUUUGGGCCUCCUUUAUACUGAUCAAGACAAAGCCCAAAGUAAGGAUGAAGACUUCCUCAUAGUCCCAGACUACACGAAAUCUGUCACUGAGGUUUAUGAAGAUGCUUUCUAUGCUCUCGUACACUUGGAGCAGACAUUGAAUGUUCUCUUCGACAAGACCAGCGUCCCGAAUUCGGGGUUCGCGCCCGUCCUGCCUACCAAACCUCGCUCAAAUGAAACUUCCUCGCGAGACCAUGACCUUGGAUUCUUUCCAAGCAUCAAGGGGAUUCCAAACCACAAGCAAAGCUGGAGAAUCACGCCACCAGCGGAACAGCGGUCCGUCCAUGCCUCUACCUCACAGCAAGAUCCUUGCAUCUGCGAGGAAUGA